UUUUUCACAUUAUACAAUCAUACACCAUUUAUCUGAUUUUGUGAUAAUCGGCCAGACAAUUAAUAUCCAAUAUGUUUUAUGUGAAGAUCAAAUUGCUUUCAUAUGAAUAAUAUUCAACCUUUAUUGGAUCCUCAUAUAGGUAUUAAUGGAUAACUAUGAAAUCUAUUGAAUUACGAUUCCGGUAUGGAUAUAUGAUUUUUCAGAUAAAUGCAAUCGGAUUAGUUGGUUCAGUGCAAGUGCGGAAAAUGAAGUAAACAGAUGGGAAAUUGUUGAAAAUAAUUUUAAUUUUGGAGCGGUAAUCAAAAGUUUAAUGCAAAAUAGAGUUGAACAGUUUGCAAAAACGUGCAUUUAAAUAAAAUUUCCACAAUAUGUUUCGGCCGGCCGGAUUCUACUCCGACUCGGAGGGAGAUUCCGACUUCGAUUAUGACUUUUGCUACAACAGCACAGAGACGAAAAAAGAUGCCACUCGGACGGAGUACUCGCCGCCGGUGAUGGUGGAAAGUAACGACGAUCUCCUGUACAAAGCUGUCAACGAAGCAAACCUGGACGAGGUGAAGCGGGUUCUGGACCUGGAUCCCUAUCUACUGACCUGCUGUCUGCGGCAGGGUUGGCCACUGCUCCUGCUGGCUUGCAACGAGGCCCGGUUCGACAUAGUGAAGUACCUGCUGGAGGUGAGGCGGCUGGACGUGAAUCAAGCGUAUGGCCUAAGUACCGCCCUGAUGAUGACCUGCGCUUCCAAAUGCAACCAGGAAGAUGUGCUGCGGGUGGCGGAGUUGUUGCUGGAGUUCGGGGCUGUGAUUAACUGUAAGGACUCGUAUGGGAUGACCCCCCUGAUGUUUGCCAUCGUGAACGAUCACCCGGAAGUGGUUCGACUGAUCAUUGAUCAGACUUCGCUGGAAGCGACCGACAAUGAAGGACUGACGGCGUUGUUCCAUGCCGUUAACAAUCGACGGGUGGAAAUGGUGCAGAUGCUGCUGAAGGCCGGCGCCAUGGUGGACAUUGUCAACCGGAGAGGAUACACUCCGAAGCAGGAAGCGGAGUUCAGAGGGUACCAAGAAAUAGCCGAUCUGUUCCCAAGUGCGAAGAACUGCUUCGAAAUUCCUUUCAAAUACCUGGGCUAUGCUCGCUACCAAGAUAUAACUCAGGGAAACGCGGAAAGCGAUCUGCCCGGCUAUUACCAGGAGAUAGGACUACUUCUGUACGGCAUGUACAGUGAUCAGCAUUUGGCGGUGUUUGCAAAGGAGGAUUUCGAUCUGUUGCGGUUUCUGACGCUCACCGAUGACGAUUUGAAGAGUUUGGAGUUUAAGUUACCCUUCGAGCGGAAGAAAAUUCUGUUCGGCCUGAUGAAGUUUCACCGGCAGAUCUGGAGCAAGCGCAGUAUGAAGAAGUUUUCCCAGGGGCAUCGAUAUGAUUCCUACGACAUCCUCGAAAUGCUCGGUAACCAUCUGAAGCAGCUAACAGUGCUACACGCUUCGCUCAUUCAUGUUGCGCAGACGAUACCUGGCGAAGCGUUGAAAACCCAGUUCGCUCCGGAACUGGACAGUUGCCUUCGAAAGGUGAACCAACUGCAGCAGACUGUGACCAGCUUUGGCGAGGAAAUCAAACGAAUCCACAGCUUGACGGCACCCGAACCGGUGUUACACAUCACUAAAAACCGUUGCCAGAGUGUACGCAUUUCCUGGUUUACCCAGGCUCUCAAGUUAUCCCUGCUCUCAGCAGUUGUGUCGUUCGUCGUCUACAAAAAACUAAAAGCGUGAUAAAGGUUCCUGUUCGAUUUAUGUAUUGGAUUCAAAAGUACAAUAGAAAAAUAUCUUCUAUCUUAUGUUAUUAUGAAAUGUAACAUUUCUUAACGUAUGCAA